GGCCCUCUUUCUUCCCGCUGGACUCGAGAAGUAGAAAGAAGAGAGGCGGUCGAUCUUCGGAUGCGUUUUCUUCUCUGGUCAUCAUCGUUGAGGAUCCUGAAACCCUAAAGUUCUUUUGAUCUGAUCUCUGAAAAUGGGAGACAUGAACGAUCCGUUCAUGCGCAACAGAGACGCUGCGGUGCAGGCUCGCACCAAAGCUCAGAACCGCGCGACCGUUCUGCAGUUGAAACUUAUUGGGCAGAGUCAUCCGACUGGUCUUACGAAUAAUCUCUUGAAGCUUUUUGAGCCCCGACCUCCCCUGGAAUAUAAACCGCCUCCUGAGAAGAGGAAAUGCCCACCAUACAUGGGAAUGGCACAAUUCGUGAGUAACUUUGCUGAGCCGGGAGACCCUGAAUAUGCUCCACCUGUCAAAUUGGGCGAAACUCCAGUUGAAAGAAGGGCUAGAAUUCACAAGCUACGACUGGAACAGGGUGCAGCAAAGGCUGCUGAAGAGCUUGAGAAAUAUGAUCCAGCUAGUGAUCCAAAUGUAUCUGGAGAUCCAUACAAGACAUUGUUUGUUGCAAGACUUAAUUAUGAGACAACCGAGCAUAGACUCAAAAGGGAGUUUGAAGCUUAUGGGCCAAUCAAGCGGGUACGAAUGAUUACUGAUAAGGAAACAAAUAAGCCUAGAGGUUACGCUUUCAUCGAGUACAUGCAUACAAGGGAUAUGAAAGCUGCAUACAAACAAGCUGAUGGCAGGAAACUUGAUAAUAGACGAGUGCUUGUGGAUGUUGAACGCGGUAGAACUGUUCCCAAUUGGAGACCUCGCAGACUUGGUGGUGGACUUGGAUCAACCAGGGUUGGUGGUGAAGAGGUCAAUCAGAAGUAUUCUGGAAGAGAGCCACAGCAGAUAGCUUCAGGUGGAGCCCCUCGGUCAGAGGAGCCCAGGUCCCGAGAGGAUCGUCAUGUUGACCGGGAGAGGGAGAAGUCCCGUGAAAGGGGAAGGGACAGAGACUGGGAACGUGAGAAGUCUCGUGAGCGAUCCAAUGACAGGACAAGGGAUCGUGAUCCACGAGAAGAAAGGCACAAUCGAGACCGUGAUAGGACUAGAGACAGGGACAGGGAGAGAGAAAGAGGCAGGGAUCGUGAUCGUCGUGAUCGAGACCGUGGUCGUGACCAUGAGCGCGAUCGAGAUAGAGAUCGAGACCGUGAACGCGACCGUGAUCGUGGACGUGAUCGUCCUCGAGAGCGAGAGAGGGACCAUGAUCGUGGAGAUUCUGAACAAGAUCGUGGGCGUUCUCGUGAUAAGGAAUCUGACUAUGAUCGCAUUGAGCCGAAGCAUGAACGGGAAAAGGAGAGGGAUUACGGUCACAAGGAGUCUGAGAAUGAUCGUGGGUGGAAUGACCAUGCUGAGCCUGGGCAUGGAUAUGGGCGUAUGGAGGCUGCUGACCGUGAACAUGGGCAUUAUGACCAUUUUGAGGAUCAAGGUCGUGGAGGAUAUGAUCAUUUUGAGCCCCAGGAUGACCAGAGACUCUCAGAUCAUGAUCCUGACCGGUAUGACCAGAUGGAGCCUGAGGAAUAUCGAUAUGAUCAAGGGGAUAAAAUUCGAGAUCGAGAACGAGAAUAUGAUCGUUCAGAGAGGUCUGUCUCACGUGAAUGAGUACUAGGAAUGCAGGUGAUGUGGAUUUCUUCCUAUUUGUUUCGCUUCUCUGGUAAAUUCAGACCCAUUAUCCAGCUUUUCGCAAGAAAAAAUGGUGCACACAUGCACAUCAUUCUUUCUACUGACUGGUUUCCUUAUUUUAAGGGUAUCGAUGAAUUCAAUGGACCAAAACCGAGGGGGGAAUGAUAUACUUUGCUCAUCUUAACAGGUACAGAAAAUGUUUCAAGAUUGGGUUUGAAUAUCUGUAUCCUAUGGUUGUGAAAGGUUUCGUGCGGUGGUGCAUUGUUACUGCUUUGUUCUGUUUAAUUCACUGCUUAUUUUGUUUUUUGAGGAAUGAAUUAGGGCGCAUUCAUGCUCAAAUUGUUGUGGGAUUUUGCUGGUUUCACACUUGACCUUAGUAGAUAUUGUUGUGUGGAUUUUUUUAUUAACCUUCUUUUGGGGUCGGAGGAUCAUAGUAUGUUGCACACUUCUUUGUGUUUACUGCUAGGUCGGCUAAUUCAUGAUCUGUAUUUGUAAUGCAAAGAUUUGAUCAAGUACUACCAGAUGGGACAUGAUGUUCAUGUGUAUCUGACUUGAGUUGCACUUAGCAUAUGCUUUGUCUUAAAGCUGAAGUACCGCUCCAAACGAUUUGGCAACUCACGUUUGGUUUGUGUUCUGGAUCAA